UAACCGCUAUUACUCAUAUGCCCCAAUGUAAAGAGAUACACUGGAUUCUAACCUCUCUCCUCCGUCGCUGGGGAGACUCCAGUCGUGAAGGAAAACAAAGCGUUUUUCUCUAGAGUAGAAUCGAUUUACAACACGUUGCAGUGUAAUCGGUUGGUUCUUCCGGCUCUAAUUGAAGCUUGAAUUGUGAGCUAUUAUUCAGAGCUAAAAUUAUUUCUUUAUAACUCAUUCAUGUCUGGACCAAAUGAAGAUAAUACUCAGCUUUCAUCUCAUUUUUUGGGGGAUCUCCUGGAUUCUAUAAUUGUUGAUGUUGCAUCCGAGUGUCACCGGAUAGCAAAGUUGGGCCUUGAUCAUAACUUGGAGGAAGAGGAAAAAGAAUUGAGGUUGUCAGCACAAGCUCGAGCAAGGGUAGCCGAUCCUAGUAACAGUGGAGAAACAAAUAACAAGUAUGUGGUGGAUAUAUUUGGACGGACACACCCUUCUGUUGCCAGUGAAAUAUUUGAAUGCAUGAACUGUGGGAAAUCAAUUGUGGCUGGGAGGUUUGCUCCUCACUUGGAGAACUGCAUGGGAAAGGGUAGAAAGGCUCGUCGCAAGGUUACUAGGAGCAGCACUGCUGCACAAAACCGAUAUUCACGAGGCAGCCCUGUUUCCACAUAUUCUCCAUAUUCAAAUUCCACCAGCACAAAUCGGUUAUCAAAUGGAACACCUGUAGGUGAGGAAUAUUCAAAUGGCACAUAUGAGGAGCCAUGAAACAAACUUGAGCAAAUGCAGUUAACAUGUCAUAGAUUUCAGUGUGAGCAACCUGUGUAAUGCAACUAGUUAAAUCAAAUUCCAACCUUUCUCCUCA